AUGGGGAGAGAAAAAAGAGCGGUGGUUCAACUUUUAGAGGAAACGCUGGUAAAUAUAUUUGCUCGAUUUCAAUUGAGGAGAGUGAGAUCAGUUUGUAAAGAAUGGAAAUCGAUAAUCGAUUCGGACUAUUUCCGAGAGCUGUACGAGUCUGUGAACUCGACCUCCGUGUCGUGGUCAAUCAUGAACCGAAGGAACCAAACACUGUCUCUGGAAAUCGUUGGACACCAUGGAUGUGAGAGAUGGGGACUUAGGAAUUCCAUAGGUUCUUCGAUCACGCGUUACGAUCCUGAGACGACCACCGAAUUGGUGAGAAAAACUUUGGUGUUGAGCUGCGCGGAUGGAUUGGUAUUGCUUUACAUUGAGACCAGCGAAGGAGCCCCUGAGUAUCAUGUCGGAAACCCCUUGUUGCGACAAUGGGUUCGAAUCCCUCUACCUCCACAUCUCUCUCCUUUUGAUGUCGUGAGGUUACAGGAGAACAAACUUUUCAGCGACACUGGACUUGUCACAAGGAUGGAAAAGGGUAUUGUUGUGGGUUACAAGGUUGUCUGGAUGUUGGCCUCAUCAUAUUUAUCUAAAGAAAUCACUUUUAUGGUGUAUGCCUCGGAAACAGGAUUGUGGACAACCCGAGAGGUGCGUUGUCUCCGUCCCAUGUUCUGGUCUAGACUAGAGUAUUCUGUCCCUCUCAACGGGAUUCUUCACUGGAUUGCCUCCAAUGGUACCAAUCUGGACGCAAAUUAUGUUUUAUCCUAUGAUUUAUAUAAUAAUGACAAUGAUAAUGGUGGUGGUGGUGACGACGAGUGUCGUGCUAUGCUGUUUCCCGGUAUGGAGCUAUAUGCACGGCAUCAGCGUUUCAAGAGAACUAUCACAACCUCUGCUGGAUCUGUUGUGUAUUGCAACGUUUUCAAGGCUACUAAUGGAGGAGGCCGUAUCAUCAGAGUUUGGAGGCUGGUCAACUACUGUGAUGAUGAUCCUUUGGCCGCAUGGAAUCUCUUGUGGGAACUCAACACCACCAACUCGUCUUCUUUGGUCGGUUUUGGUACUGAUUAUUUCCCUGUGGUGAUGCAUCCUCUCAACUCCGACAUCAUAUACCUCUGGAGCAGAGACAAGAAUGGUCUCGUCUUGUUAAACUUGAGGACUCACAGGUUUAGUCUUCACAAGGAGGAAGAUAAUGAUGGCCAGAACCAGUCUACCAAUGGUGGUUGCAUCUUGAGCCUUAGCGGUUGCAAGGAGUAUAUGGACUCCAUCUAUUCAAUGUAUUUCAUUGCUCAUCAUGUCGGCGCUCUUCAUAAUCUUUACUUUUCACAGUUUGUGCUCCCACCCUGGCUUAACCCGCUCCCUAAGCUUGUUUCUUGA